AACAGUGAACCUCAGCUAAGCUCUCGCCUAAACCUAAAACCCUUUCUGAACCCUCUCCCUCCCCCUUACUCAUUCAGCCACCCACCCGAAUUCUCUCUCUCUCUCUCUCCCCUUCAUCGAUCGAGAGUAAUCGGAAUCCAAGCGGAGAGUUAGUGAGAGAGAGCAGCAAUGGCGGCUGCCACCGUGAAGACCGAAACACUGAGCCCUCCUGCUGAGGAAAAGGCAGUGGAAAGAGUGGACUACUUGAACCUCCCUUGCCCUAUUCCCUACGAAGAAAUCCAUCGCGAAGCUCUCAUGUCUCUGAAGCCGGAUCUUUUUGAGGGGUUUCGCUUUGAGUUUACCAAGGGACUCAACCCGCAGUUUGCCCUCAGUCACAGUGUGUCCAUGGGAGUUACUGAAAUUCCUUCUCAAUCUUCUGAGACCAUCAAAAUCCCAACUGCUCAGUAUGAGUUUGGUGCUAACUUUAUGGACCCAAAGCUGAUGCUAUUAGGAAGGGUUUUGACAGAUGGGAGACUAAAUGCAAGAGUCAAGUGGGACUUUACAGAUAAUUUUAGUUUGAAAGCUAAUGCUCUGCUGACAAAUGAACCUCAUAUGUCACAUGGCAUGUUUAAUUUUGACUACAAGGGUACAGAUUACAGGGCCCAAUUUCAGCUGGGCAAUGGUGCGCUCUUUGGAGCCAACUAUAUCCAGAGUGUAACUCCACAUUUAUCUUUGGGUGGUGAAGUUUUUUGGGCUGGUCAGCAUCGGAAGUCGGGCAUUGGAUAUGCUGCUCGAUACAACACUGAUAAGAUGGUUGCCACUGGGCAAGUUGCUAGCACUGGUAUGGUUGCCUUGAGCUAUGUGCAGAAGGUGUCUGAAAAGGUCUCUCUAGCAUCAGACUUCAUGUACAACUAUUUGUCAAGAGAUGUCACAGCAAGUGUUGGAUAUGAUUACAUUCUUAGACAGGCUCGUCUUAGAGGGAAGAUUGAUUCUAAUGGUUGUGUGGCUGCUUACCUUGAAGAGCGGUUAAAUAUGGGUCUUAAUUUUAUCCUCUCGGCUGAGUUAGACCAUAAGAAGAAGGACUACAAAUUUGGCUUUGGGCUUACUGUGGGACAAUGAGUUUCGGGUGCUAAAGUGCCAUUUGGUGGUUUUCACGUGUUCCCUUUUGCUCAAAGCUCUGUGGGUUUUCUCCGGCCAAUUUACUGUUCUUGUUUGAGAAUCACCAGAAUAAUAUUUGUUCAAUUUGAGCAGAGCAUUUCAAAUGGGUCUGUGGUUGACACUCCCUCAAUAGAGCUAGCUGUUAGUGGGUAUUAUUUUGAAGCUCCCAGGAUUUGUUAGUUUACUUUCUAAUGGAGCUUUAGCUUCUAAUAGAGGUCUUACUUGGUGGGUUUAAGUUUAAUCCUCCUGGUUAUGAAGAGUUUCAACAUUUGCUAUCACCUUGCUUCGUUUCUGGUAAAGCUUGCUUCUUGCUAGUAA